AGUAUCCUUAAGUAGGACCGGAAUUGUUGUCACUCUGUGCAUGCGCGUGAUCACGUGAACGGGGAAGAACAGUGAUCAGUAUUUACUAUGACUGAUUGCCUUGUAAACGCAGAUCGAAAGAGUAGUUGAAUAUAUGAAGAUGUGAUUCCUGAUGUGUUCUAAUUUGUGUAUAGACUGACAGAUGAUCCUAUGAUAUUGAUUAUAUAUCGUGUCAAAACUCUACACAAACUCCGACAACAACGGAAACACACGAAGUAUUCCGAUUGCAACAACGCUGUGUGGUGUUGUUGUACACACAUGGCAAUUUAAACGUGUAGCAUGGGAUAAAAUACAGGGAUUCCAGGUCAUUCCGAAAGUUUCAGGAACUUCGCGCCAUUGCGAACAGGAACAUUAACAUCAAGGCCAGGCGCAGCAGACGACAGGGCUGAGAUUGUAGGCCUAGUUGGCUUUCACCGAUUUUCUUCGUGUGUGUAAUACAUGACUGCUAAACUCAACAUUGCCAGCAGAGACGAGGGAACUAAGACUACGGAUAAAAGUACCUAAACGUGAUACCUGGUAUCCGACGAUGUUUUCCAUAACGCAUGGCCUACAGAAACAGUAAGGACAUUCGGAUUUUCCGACAGCUCCUUUGAUAACUGGUCCAGACGAAGAAUUCGUUCUUCCUCUGGAUCCCAAUUCCAACCAUUAUAUGCAAGAAAGGGCCAUUAUAGCGGCUAACUUCUCUUCUGGUGAGAAGACUUGGAUGAAUUGACAUCACAGAGAAGGAAGAACGGAAGCCAUUGUUAUAUGGUGGUACAAUGUAUCAGUUCUAUCACUUCAUGCAUAUCGAGAUUUCAGAUAAGAUACACCAGAAUUCAUAGCUUAAGCAAUGUUCUCUUUGACAUUCAAUUUUAUUACUGAUAACCCUAUGUUAUUGUAAAUUCAUUCAUUUUCCUCCAAAGGUGUACAAAUGUUAAAUUCUUUAUUGCUUGUUUAGCUCACCUGAGUCGAUGGCGAGUUUUUCUGAACAAAAUUUGUCCAUUGUCCAUCGUCUUUUCCAGAACCACUGGGUAAAUUUCAACCAAACUUGGCACAGCACCUUUGGGUGAAGGGGAUUCAAAUUUUUAAAAUGAAGGGCCGUGCCCCUUCAAAAAUGCAAAAAUAUGAUGGGGUAAUUUUAAAAUCUUCUCAAGAACCACUGGGCCUGAAGAAAUAAAAUUCAUAUGAAAGCCUAUUGACAUAUUAAAAUUUGUUAAAUGUGUGCCUCCCCCCACCCUCCCCAGGGAUAGCAUGGUGCACAAAACGGGAUAAAAAAAUACAUGCAAAUAUAUAGGGAAAUUUUUUAAUGUCUUCUGAAGAGGCACUGGCCAGAAAAGUACAGAUUUACAUCAAAGGUUUCUGAUAUAAUGCAGAUUAAAAUUUGUUAAAAUCAUAGCCCCAAGGGGUUGGAUGGGGCCGCAAUAGGGGGUAAAAGUUUCACCUACAAAUAUAAUCCAGAUAUUUUUGAAGAUCUGAUGAAGAACCACCGUACCAGAUAUGUUUAUGUUUACAUGAAAGUUUCCUGACAUAGUGCAGAUUGAAGUUUGUUAAAAUCAUGGCCCCGGGGUGUAGGGUGGGGCCACAAUAUGGGAACAACGAUUUACAUGGGGGAAAAUGGGCAAAUCUUCUCAAGAACCACUGAGCAAAAAAAGUUGCCAAAACAUUUCUUUUAGUGAUGUAAGCAGUGAAAAUAGACUUUUCUUCUAGCUGCCACCACCACCCCCACCCCCCCCCCCCCCUCCACUGCAGGGGAUCAAAGUUUUGCAUACAAAUAUACACUGGACCAGAAAAGUUUACAUUUACAUGUAAGCUUUCUGACAUAGUACUGAUUCAAAAUCUCCCUGGGGCUGGGGUGGGUUUAGGUGGGAGCCACAAUAGGGAUUAAAGUUUUACAUUCGAAUAAUUAUGUAGGGGAAAUCAUUCUGAGAAUUUCACUUUUUAAAUGGCAUAAAUAGUAGGUUUAUGUCUUUUUGAUGCGGCAUAAACCUAUAGCAUUUGGCAUACACCUGACCAAAACUCCUUGCAGGGAGUGCACCACAUUUCUCUCCCCUCAAAAUUCAACCAUACUCGUCUGUUCAGCCAUUGUGGUUUGAAUUCACGUUUUCUUUUUCUUCUUUUUCAUAUAGCUUGCGUUUUUCUUGUUCUGAUUUUUUUGUUUGUUUGACACCAUUUGGUUUAAUACCGGGCUUUACGUGCCUUCAGAAUAUUUUAACUGCAGAACCAUUUACACGUCAUUUGUUGACGUUCACCUCAAAUUAUAUUUGCUAAGUAAGAAGUAUAUUAUUUUCUUUUAACAUUCUUGCAAUAUUUGAAUAGUUGCGAAAUAAAGAAGAAAGGACAACUCUUGUUAUAUUGUUAGGGAAAAUUUCAAUUUAAAAAUCGAUCCGAAUAAAAUUCAUCAAUGCAGAUAAAAAAAAAAGCAUCGACAUUUAAAGACAUACGAAUCAUACGCUGAACAAUUUGUCUAGAACACGUCAUAAUCUUCAAACCACUUACACACUUAAGUCGUAUAUUUUAAAAUCAAUGGGAGCACAAUCCACGUCCCAAAAUAGAUUUUGACGAUUGUAAGGGAAAAUAUUUAUUAUACCCCCCGCAACAAGUUGUGGGGGGGGGGGGGGUAUACUGGAAUCAGGUUGUCCGUCUGUCUGUCCGUCCGUCCGUCCGUCUGUCCGUCCGUCCGUCUGUAGACACAAUGGUUUCCGGACUCUAAAGCAUUAUCCUUUCCACCUACCGUCACCAUAUCAUACAUAUGGACUACCCAUGGGAUGAAGAUGUUCCCUAUCGAUUUUGGGGUCAAAAGGUCAAAGGUCAAGCGCACUGGACAUCGAAGUAGCAAUAUGGUUUCCGGGCUCUAAAGCGUUAUCCUUUCCACCUACAGUCACCAUAUCAUACAUAUGGACUACCCAUGGGAUGAAGAUGUUCCCUAUCGAUUUUGGGGUCAAAAGGUCAAAGGUCACACGCACUGGACAUCGAAGUAACAAUAUGGUUUGGUUUGUCAUGCCAUUUGUUUUUUACACUCAGAAAAGAGGUAGUUUAUACCUAUUACCAACACCCUUUGGGAGAUUGGGGUAAGCGGGGGGUAUUCUUAGUGAGCAUUGCUCACAGUACCUCUUGUUUUAAGUGCAUUAUCACACACGUAGCAUAAUUAUUUCUUUGUUUCUUGGAAUUUGGCAUAGACAAUUCGGGAUAUCUUAUUUGCACAUGACAUGGUACAACCUCAUUUGGCAUAGCCGCGGUCUAUCGGUUAAAUUCUGAGACUGGAAAAUCUUUAAAUAUGGGUUAAGGUGACUCGGGUGAGCAAUGUGGCUCAUGGGCCUCUUGUUUUAAAUAUCCUACAGUUGCCAUAUCACUGCAUAGAUGAAUUCAAUACUAUAGUUUUUCCACAGGUGAUAGCAGUUAGAUUUAUCAGCAUCACAAGAUAACAGCUAGAUAUAGCAGCAUCACAAGGAGAGAAGAAUGGAAAACAUGUGGUGGUUCAUACUGGACUUUCAUGAGGUCUUGCAGAACUGAGAAAAGGAAGUCGACGUCAAAGUGAUUGUAUUCCUAAAGACCCCGACCCUCCACAUCAUGGACACACUAGGACUCAGUACUCAGCUAAAAGUACGACAAUGUUCUCAAUGUCAGAGGGACACUGAAUUUUACUGUAACACAUGUAAACGUGAUCUGUGUUUACAGUGUAAAAAGAAACGUGUUACAGAAAAUAACACCAAAUAUCACAAUGUAGUGUUCUAUAUAACUCGUCAUACUGAGAGGAGUUUUACCACACAGUGUAAACUACGACAGUGUUCUCAAUGUCAGGGGGACACUGAGUUCUACUGUAACACAUGUAAACGUGAUCUGUGUUUACAGUGUAAAGAGAAACAUGUCAUUGAUCUACAUACCAAACACCAUGAUGUUGUGAUUUACCGUGAGAAGUUUAAUUGUUUCCCUUUACGAGAGACCUGUGUCAGACAUCCAAAGAGAAAAUACAGAAUGUUCUGUGAUCAGUGUAACUAUUCCGUGUGUAAGUGCUGUACAGACCACAGAACACACGCGCUGGUGGAUCUUAGAACAGCCUAUCAAACAAAGCGACAACAACACAGAGAAAUCAUUGACAACAUCAGAAGUGAGACUCUCUAUAACUGUCGUGUUCUCCUGACAGGAAUCCAAACUGAUAUCCAAACUUGUCCCCCACAAAUCUGUCACCGUCAAUCACAGAUGUCAACAAAAGCCCAGAGACUGAAGGAUCUGAUUGACACUGUGGUAUGUGAUGUUAAAACAAGAUACCGAGGUUUAUUGAUUGAUAGAAUACAACAACAGAAGAGAAAAAUGAACAGACAACUUGUUCACCUACAGAACUAUGAAGACAGAUAUGAACAAUCAGCAAACAGAGCGGUACAAUUCCUCUUGUUUAUAAAGACCAGUCGUGUCCCCCAGAUAAAGAAUAGUCCUAGUCAGUUAUUGAGUGUCAUCACAGAAAUCCAAAUGACAACAGGAAAACGACAAGUAGGAAUAGACGAGUGUGUGAAACUGAUGUCCACACCUGUAUUACACACGUCUGUCUGUGUGACAGGUGUUAGUCACGGUGUGUUUCACAUAUCUCGUGUGAUGUCAGACCGGGUCUGGGUCUCUGAUUUUAACAAUCUCAUCUUGACAGACACAACAGGAGACACUAUACACCGUGUGACAGAUAUAACACCAUUGUUUAGAGGAGUACACACAGUGAACAGUUCUGGUGAACUGAUUUAUAUAGACAGGAAACGUAACAUCAACAAACUGUCUACAGACAAUAAAACAGUCACCAGACUGAUACAGAGAACAUCACCAUGGUAUCCAGUGUGUGUGUGCUGCUCCCCGUCCACUGGAGAUCUGAUGGUGGCGAUGUAUAACACUGAUACAAAGACAGGCAAGGUAACCCGGUACAACAGUAGUGGUCAACACAUCCUGACCAUAGAACACGACAACACAGGUCACACACUGUAUAGUCAGCCUCUCUAUAUCACAGAGAACAAUAACGGUGAUAUCAUUGUGUCUGACUACAUUAAUUCUAAACGUGGUGCUGUAGUGGUGACAGAGCGCGGGGGCAGACAUCGAUUCUCCUACACAGAACCUCCAUCAGGAUCAUCACUACGACCACUAGGAAUCUGUACAGACGCGCUGUCACACAUCCUGGUGUGUGAUUAUUACACAGUACAGAUGAUUGACAAGGACGGUCACUUCCUGUCUCUGUUACUGACACAACACGGGAUAAACAUACCAUACAGCCUGAACUAUGAUGAUAAAACUCACCUUCUCUGGGUCGGAUCAUGGGACACCAACACAGUGUCUGUAUAUAGAUAUCUACAGAGGAGGUACUCUCUGACUGACUAUCCAGACAGUGUGGACGAGGACUCCAAAGAAGAAUCUGACUCUGAUAACGAGGACGCCAGAGAAGAAUCUGACUCUAAUGAAGAGGACGCCAGGGGAGAAGCUGAUCCUAAAACAUGUUGCCAGCGGUGUAUCUUGGUGUAGAUAUGACUUACGAUUACCAUUACCCUUCCUUCAGCCAAUGAAUCUGGUCUACAUUUCCUGAUCAAGGGAUGGCAGACAUUGCCUACAUUUCCUCAUCUACACUGAUGGUGGACGCUCAUUACAUUUCCUCAAGUAGUGAUGAUGGACAUUGAUUACAUUUCCUCAUCUAGUGAUGGCGGACAUUAAUUACAUUUCCUCAAGUAGUGAUGGUGGACAUUGAUUACAUUUCCUCAUCAAGUGAUGGUGGACACUGAUUACAUUUCCUCAUCUAGUGAUGGUGGACAUUGAUUACAUUUCCUCAUCUAGUGAUGGUGGACACUGAUUACAUUUCCUCAUCUAGUGAUGGUGGACACUGAUUACAUUUCCUCAUCUAGUGAUGGUGGACACUGAUUACAUUUCCUCAUCUAGUGAUGGUGGACACUGAUUACAUUUCCUCAUCUAGUGAUGGUGGACACUGAUUACAUUUCCUCAUCUAGUGAUGGUGGACACUGAUUACAUUUCCUCAUCUAGUGAUGGUGGACAUUGAUUACAUUUCCUCAUCUAGUGAUGGUGGACAUUGAUUACAUUUCCUCAUGUAGUGAUGGUGGACAUUGAUUACAUUUUCAUUUCAGCUCGAUGUGAUAUAUGGUUAUUUUUAAGAAAUAUUAAAUCAUGUAUUUUCAUAGAA